CGGCCCUGGGGAUGUGUGGAGGCCUGGGGCAGCUGUGCUGUGCAGCCAGGCUGGGAGAGCCGGGGCUGUGCAGCCGGGAGAGGAGCAGGGGCCGGGGAGGCCUGACUGUGGCCUUCCAGUGCCCAGAGGGGGCAGAGAGCCAUGGGGGAAGUGUUUUAGACGUGGAAGGGGAAGGUUGAGAGCAGAUGUUUGCAAGAGCCAGGAGGGUGGUGAGUCAGUGGAACAGGCUGUGCAGAGAAGCUGUGGAUGCCCUGUCCCUGGAAGGUUCCAGGCCAGGCAGGACGGGGCCCUGAGCACCCUGAUGGAGCAGGUGGCAGCAGAACCAGGCCAUGGCUGCGGUGCCCCCAUGGCCUUCUGCAAGUUCAUGGGUGAGCAAAGCGCAGCCCCGUUAGCUGGGCAUGGAAUGUUGGCACCGGUUGCCAGGGGCACUCCUGCUCCAAAGGUUCUGUUCACACUGAGUCUGUUGAGCCAGUUGACGGAUUCUCUGCUGUGCAGCAGACACAGAGCAUCCGUCUUCUCCAUCCCGGGUGGGAAGAGAGAGCCGUCUGCUGACAUUUGUGAGCCAAACUCUGGAGUGGCUGUACAGGUUUGGAACAACAAUUUUGUGUCACUCCAAAAAAUCUGCAGUGGGCUGCCCAAAGGAGCAAAAGGGAUUGAUCAAAUCCCUGACAUUCCUUUUCUGGUGUUUGUCCCACCUACUUUGCCGGUGCUAUUAGAUCAGAAAACACCAUGAGCUCACGUCAGCGAAAGCGCCCGGGAGAGGGGUGUGAUUCCUGUCCACCUCGGAAACAGAGCAGGCUGCUGCCCUCCAAAGCAGAUGGAACUUGGCAGACAGAGCCAACAGACUGUGAGGAAAGUUGUUCACCUGCUCUAGAGCCUGGUGAAGAAGUCUUAGAUCUCACAGGCCAUUCUCCGGAGCCUGAAGUCAUCACCAUCAAUGAUGAAGAAUCUCCUGUGCAGAGCCAGCAGCAGCCACACCUUUCCAGGGCCUCAGACAAUUCAGCUGAGCCACUGGCAAGGAAUGAUGAAGAGGAAGCAAGAGAAGAUGAUGGUGCACAGCCUGCAGAUCCCGCUUGUCCUCUGAGUAGGGAGGAUGAAGACUCAGAGGUGCGGGACAGGGAGCAGAGUCAGCUGUAUCCCCUGGAUUCCAGCGAGACAGAGGAUUCAGCUGAGCUUUGGCCCAGUGACAAUGAAGAGGAGCCAAGAGACAAUGAUGAUUCUAUUAACUCUGACGAGUGGCCAGAUCGUUUUGAGAGUCCUCCGACAUGGCGGGAUGACAUUACAGAUGACUGGGAGGGGAGCCAGCAGUACCCAUUGGAUUCUGGAUCAGCAGAGAAUUCAAACCAAGUACUGGCGAGCAACCUCCAACAGGAACCAAGAGAUAUUGAAUUUGAACCGCCAGGAGGUCUCGUUAGUCCUCCAAAUUGGGAGGAUGACAAUGCAGAGUUUCCUGAAGUGCAUGGACAAGAAGGGAGAAGCGUGGCAGUGAACAGUCAGGAGCAGGUGGAUGGCUCUGGUGAUGGAUCAGGAGGGAAUGAUGCACCUGUGGCUGUUGCAGCCCCUGUAGAACAAGCAUCAGCAGAGGAUACUGAACGUUCAGCUGCAGAGCCAGGAAUUGUUAUUAAGUGUCCAAUUUGCAUGGACUUUUACUCGGAGAUUGUGCAGAGUGGACGAGAGCUCGUGUCAACUUUAUGUGGCCACUUGUUCUGCAGCACGUGCCUCCCUAGAGCCCUGGAGACUGCUCAGAUGUGCCCAAUCUGCAGAGCAGAACUCAAUCCAGGGCUAUACCAUCCAAUUUAUUUUUGAGUGCCUCUGCUUCUCUGGACAGACUCAGGAGGAUCUUGGAGACUAGGCGGUGUACAGUCUUAUUUCUUUACAUAGAUAGUUUUUCCUGUACAUAGUUUCAUUUUUUCUGAGUUCAGUUUUAAAUAAAGUUUUGAUUGAUUUAAA